AUGGUUGACGCGCUCAACCUGAACUUCAACCACACCACCGCUUCGCCGCGGAACGCCGAGCCGGAGGAGGAAAAUAUAUGGAUCAAGAUACUGACGGAGGUGAGCGCCAAGUCGCGGAACACGAUGCAGGGCGCCAGCAUCAUCGUGCUCGGCGACUCCGCUGCCGGCAAGACAUCCCUCCUCUCGAAGCUCGAGAAGGUUGACAACCCCAACAAGGGUUCGGCCCUCGAAUACCACUGCUUGAGCGUUCAACCGGAUACGCGGGGCAGCAGUUACGCCUACAGCCUCGGCACCGCGGGAGGUGCCCUCGGGGCCGCCGAAAAUUUAACGCUACCGCUCUGGGUGCUCGCCGGCAACGAGAAGUUCGCCCCGCUGCUCCGCCACGCGCUCUCUGCCAACACGCCAUCCAAGACGGUCGUCAUCAUCGCCGUGUCGCUGGACAACCCAAGCCCGGUGCACUCGCUACGGCAAUGGGCGUCGAUCAUGGCGAAGGAGAUUUCCGGCAAGUACGAGCCGGCGGUGGUCAAGGAGGCGAAGCAAGGUCAAGAGCGAUUCUGGCAAGAGUACUUCGAGCCGCUGGAAUCGUCGAUGACCGCCUCGAUAGCGCCGGGACUCGAGGGCACUGGUCUUCUCCCUCUCGAGCAAGGCGUCCUCACGGAGAACUACGGCGUGUCGAUGAUCGUCGUCGUGACGAAGGCCGACCUGGUGAAUGAGAGGAGCGAGCAGGCGAUGGACAAGGUGUUGUGCGACGUGCGGCGCUUCUGCCUUCAAUAUGGGGCCGCGCUCGUCUACACGACGACCAAGAAUCCGAAAAAUACGCAGCUGCUCGCCAAGUACAUCGUGCACCGUGCCUAUGGUCUUCCCUUCACCACUUCAGCCCAGAUGAUCGAUCGGGAUACAAUCUUCGUGCCGGCCGGCUGGGAUAGCGAAAAGAAGAUCGAGAUAGUUAGGUCGAACAUCACCGAGAUCGACGUGCUCGAGCCGAAUCGUGAGAAGGUGAACGUCGCCAAGGAGCCCGAGGUGAUCGCCGAGGACACGCAGGCGUUCCUCACACGAUUCGCCGACAUGUUGGCCAAGGACUCGGCGACGAAUGGGCAAAAGAACGUUGAUGAUGCCGGGACAACGGCUUCCGAUUCUCCGUUGGCCAGCUUCUUCUCAAAUCUGCUAAAGGACAAACCACAAUCAACGCGGACAGCCGCCCCCGUUUCCGAUGAACAGCAGCAGGCACAAAUCGAGAAGAUCUUCCAGAAAAGCGUAGAGCCGGACAGCGCGGCG